CCCAUUUCACUUGAAACAGAAAUAAAGGGUUCAAUCAGAUAAAGAUAUAAUAGAAAAAAGAAGGAUGUCUCGUAGCUGUUCUCAGAGUGGAAACGACGGCCACAACUCGGGAACUUGCGGAAAGGUCGCCGGCGGCGGAAACAGCAUCAUGUUAUUCGGUAUUCGACUGACAGAAAGGUCGUUCAGAAAAACUGUCAGUAUGAACAAUCUUCGCCAGUUUGACGACGAGGAGCAGCAGCCCCCGGAUUAUUCCAACGCCGUCGAUGCUGCCGGUUAUGCUUCCGACGACGUAGUUCACGCAUCUGGAAGAAGCCGCCAACGCAAGAGAGGUGUUCCAUGGACGGAGGAGGAGCAUAGAUUGUUCUUAGUGGGGUUGAAGAAAGUAGGUAAAGGAGAUUGGAGAGGGAUUUCGCGACACUUCGUGAAGACACGUACGCCUACACAGGUGGCUAGUCAUGCUCAGAAGUAUUUCCUCCGGCAAAAUAAUCAGAAUCGGAGACGUCGUAGAUCCAGUUUCUUUGAUAUAACAACUCAUUCAUUCAUGAACGCGGCCAUAUCGGAAGAUGAUGAAGUAAUCGGCCAAGAAAAUGUUUCGUUGCCACCGCUGCCAGUGAGUCAAACGCUGAAACCGGUUGAUCUUAAUUUAUACCGCAAAACCCAAGAUGACCCUUUACCAGCUCUAACGCUGAAACUCUCAACGCCGUCGACGGAGGAAGCAGCGGCUGGAGUUCAUUCGUCUACUUUUCAGGCUAUGUCGAGUGGUGAUAGCAAUGGCGGCAUCAUCAGAAAAAGGACCUCCCAAGGCUAGGCUAAAGAACCCGACCCUACAAGGCAACCUCUGGAAGGGCUCAAAGAACCCACCACUCUGUCCUCCCGCUUUUUUUCUAGGAUUCCCAGCUAGCGCGGUUCAAACCUAGGACAUGAGAACAGCUCAUAAUCCCAAGAGCGCUUGAUUUGCCAAUUGAGUCACGCCUGCUGUGGUUAGAUUCUAAUUCUUAUUAGACGAAAAAGUUGAUUUUUUACAAUAUAAGAUAAUUACAAGUAGGGACGU